AUGGACACCUCUCCAGUUCCCGACUACGGGCUGAGCAGAUUAUUCCGGCGAUGCGUGCAAUGCCCUCCCACCUCCACUCAGCUCAAAUGUCCGGCAUGUCCUGCUGGCAAAGUCUGUACCCUCAUCCCGCCAAGCUGCAAUCAAUGUGCGCACAUGGAAUGCGUCACCGACCCCAAUCCCGCCGGCAUCUCUCAAGGACCAAACGUUGGUGCCAUUGCUGGUGGAGUGGUGGGAGGUGCGGCCCUCAUCGUUCUGCUCGUCUUUCUGGUGUGGUUGUUCUGGAUCAAGAAGCGGCGGGAACAGCAAGAUCAAGAGUUACAAGAGGAAUGGGCACAAGACAAGCGAUCCACGCGACUCAACUCCCUCCGCGAUUCCUCCUCCGCGCGCACACGAGGCUCGCUGGCCAACAGCAUGCUCAGCCGGGCGAGCAAUUUCAUCCAAAUCGCUUACAUCCCUGGGGUCACCAACCGCAAUGGAUCUGGACGCAACAGUGUGCAUAGUCCCGUUCCCCCGAUACCGGCGGCACACCGACAGCGCCAUAACCAGCCCAACAAGAGUCCGCUCAGUGGGAAUGGCGAUGCGCUGUUCUUUGGCAUCGACGAUCUGAGAGGCAGCACAUACUCGGCCGGAUCCUCGGUGAGAGACACGCGCCAUGCCAACAAUCGCGACACAAGGUACACCAUGCAGUCCAUCACUCCUUCCCUCGCUCGAGACUCUGUCGCAUCGGAUGUGUUUUGGGACGAUGCAACCGCGGCGCCAAUGCCCGCCACCACCGUCGCGCGGGUGGCCCCUCGGAUGGUGUCGGUAAAGGGCUCUUCCAACAGCUCGGCCAACACGACACCAGGUUCCGACAGCGCACCUGGCACUCCACCCGAGCACCUGCCGCACGGUGCUUCAGCAGAGUCCAGCCCAGCGGCAGGCGAUGCCACCAAACGCACAUCCAAGGGCCGUUUCCCCGUCCGCGCACCCAACGACAACCUCUCCACCCGCCUCCAUAUCCCACUUAUCCCCUCACCUCUCGCCGACAACACAACUGCAACCGCGGCCUCCAACACCCCCAGCGAAGCGGCCCACUCUCGCGACCUUGAUUCCCUCAUGCAACACAUCGACUUCUCCACGCCCCCGGCCGAUGCACAACCCAUCGAGUCCCCCUUCUUCGACGCCUCCGACCUUCCCCACGCCGCCACUGCGGCCUCCAGCAUGCGGGCCAACCCGUACGCCUCGAUGGCCAGUACCGUUGGCGUAGGCACGCGCCGUCUAGAGCGGAGUCUCUCGCCGCAUCGCAGGAGAGGCGGAAGCAAGGGGAAUAUUGGGGGUCUGAGCGCGGUUAUCGAAGAGGCUACGAAGAGAGCGAGCACUGGCGGCGUCGUUGGUGCGGAGGAUAGUCCGUUUGGAGAUGAACAUGCUACGCAUGAGUAG